CCAAUCAAAACAUGGCAGCUGCUAACAUAGUGACACGUUUCCUCUCUACAGCUUAAUCGUCUCGACUUCCUACGGUUCUCUGGAAAAUAGAAAUUGUUAUGAAAAUCCUGCAUAAUAAAGUCUCGAUCUUAAUCAGGUUUCUUCAACUUCUCUCUUUUGCAAUCUCCAAAAAAUAUCCCGACAAGCUUGUGUUUGUUCAUCCUCUUCAAAAGUUUGCUUAAUUGUUUGAAAUCAGUCUUCACCUGAUGAUUACCGGUGUACCGGUUAUGAGUUAAGCGUUCCUAUUGGAAAGGAUGAUGAGGUAGACGGAUUAUACUCGGUUGAUUGAAAGGUGGUUCAGUAGGGUUGGCGAUUAGGCGGUCAAACAAAGGAUUACUUCUGGAUCAAUUUGAGCAAUCUCAAUUUUAAUUAACUGGAGAUGUAAGAUCUUCGAUCAUGGGCGUCGGUUUAGGCGAAGGAGAGCUCAUAUGGUUAUCGGUGCUUUAAAGCUUUGUUAAAACGAAGAAGAAGAAUGGAUUGAAACUAAACGGAGAUGGAGAUUCCGGCGCAGCACACGGCGGAGAAGAAUCGUGGAACGUGAUAGUCGAGGAAGCUCUUCAUGAAAGGCACGUCGCGGGCCAAGCAGUUUCCUUCGUCUUCCGCCAUCUCGGCGCUAAUCAGUAAGGAUUCGAUCAGUGUGAAGAAACGAAGCAUUGGAUUUGGGGUCACCAGGUGUGCAAGCUUCUAUGUGCCUCCCCUAAUCAAUCAGGUUCCAUCUCUUUUUUUUCUCUCUCUCUCUCAAUAUCAUGCAUCUCCCCUUAUGAAAUUGUAUGAUGCAUUGCAUUUGUCGGAGCUGUUUAGUAGGUUCGGAGGUGCAGACACAAGUGUCUAACCAAGAGAUCUCGAACUGGAUUAUGUAUGAAGACGUUGGUCUUCUAGGAUUUCGUGUGAGAUUACUUGAAAUCAAUCAAGUAUUUGAAUCAAUCCGUCAAGCUUUUCACCACCAGAAACUGGAUACAAAUUAUUCUGAGUCUCUCAGAUGCUUAGUACAGCCACGUAUGGAUUCUGUAAAAUCAGUAUAUGAAAUUCAUUGUAUAAAUUAUUUUUUCACGUGCAAAAGGUCAAGUGGAAUCUGUGAUUCCUUCGGAAUAUAUGUCUCCCCCAUCUUCCCCAUUCCAGUCUGCAGAAGCUACUGCACAGAAAAACUGAAGCAUUCCUUUCAAAUGACUACUAUGAGUCAGACAUUGCAUGGAUGGACUUGGCUUCAUUUGAAUCCGAGAUGAUAAAGCCACAACUGAUCUGAAACUCUUUGGUGUCAAUCUAAAGUGACAUGAAGGAGUUGUUGGUCGGAUUUCACUGAGUAUCAAAACAAAGCUCCAAAAGCAGAAGUUACACGAUGAAGAAUAGCUCCAAAAGCAGAAGUUACACGAUGAAGAAUCUGGAGCUGAGAAAACUGAAGAUUAGUAGCUGCGGACAAGCCGGACGAGUCUUAUGACUGAGGACAGGAGUUUACAAACGACGUAAUAACUUUGAGGAUAUGAGUAUACAUAAAAGACACUAAAAGAGAUUGCGGAUAGAAAGCUUGGGAACACCAAGAAGCCAUAAAAUGAAAACAAGACAAAACAUUAUUAUAUGGAGUAAGCUUCUCAUUACAAUAAGUUAAUUCUUACAGUACACAAGUGCUGCUUUUAUUCUUUUCGAAAGAGCACCUACCUUUUAUAUUUAAUAGUUUCCUACAAAAUAUAGAAAAGACUAAAUCAUUAUUCAUUUUUUAUUGAUUUACUUUCCUGUAAACCAAAUUUUCCACCAUGAAAAAAAUGUAAAUGAUUAUAAUAAUGAUUAAAAAUAUACGUUAUUUCUUC